UUGGUUUAGAAACAUUUGGAUCCUUCAUUUCCGAAAAUCAGAAGUUAACAAAAUUAAUAUUUAAUACUUUGACAUUGACCAGCUCUCCUUUUUUUGCAUGAUCAUCAUCCUUUUCUAGUUUUCUGUCCCAUAUAUAAACAAAGGUUGCAUAUUCGCUUGGCCUUUAGCAUGCCACUUCUCUCAGGUUAGACCAAUAAGCUGAGGGAGAGAGCCAGCCGGCAAAGCAAUACGCAAGUUUCAUUAAGAGGCUAAUUUCUCUAAUGGACCACAGAAAGGAUGAAAAUGGUGCAGGUUCUGAUCUUACCCUGUCCCUGAUACCGGAAUCUUCGCCACCCGAAAACGGCAGUUUUGGUUAUGACGACAAAGAGGAAGGCAAGCUUUCCGUGAGGGUCUGGGUAGAGUCCAAGAAGCUAUGGCAGAUAGUGGGCCCCGCCAUCUUCAGCCGUGUCGCCUCCUACACCAUGAAUGUCAUUACUCAGGCCUUCGCUGGCCACCUCGGUGAAGUCGAACUUGCUGCCAUCUCCAUUGCCAACACUGUCAUCGUCGGCUUCAAUUUCGGUCUCUUGCUAGGAAUGGCAAGCGCCUUAGAAACGCUAUGUGGGCAAGCCUUUGGAGCCAGAAGAUACCACAUGCUUGGGAUAUACCUCCAGAGGUCAUGGAUUGUGUUGUUCCUCUGUUGCUUUGCUCUGUUGCCAUUUUAUAUUUUCGCUUCACCGAUUCUUAAACUCAUGGGACAAACGGAUGAGGUGGCGGAGCAGUCGGGGCUGGUGGCUGUGUGGCUCAUACCCUUGCACUUUAGCUUUGCAUUCCAGUUUCCUAUGCAGAGAUUCUUGCAAUGCCAGCUGAAGAACUCUAUCAUCGCUUGGGUAUCGUUAGUGGGGUUGUUGGUUAAUGUGUUCACAAGUUGGCUUCUAGUCUAUGUGUUGGAUUGUGGGGUAGUGGGUGCCGCUAUUGCUUUGGAUAUCUCUUGGUGGUUUUUGGUCUUUGGGAUGUACAUAUAUAUUGCUUGUGGUUGGUGCCCUCUCACUUGGACUGGUUUUUCUGUGGAAGCCUUCUCUGGGCUUUGGCAAUUCAUCAAACUCUCUGCAGCUGCUGGUGUUAUGCUCUGCUUGGAGAACUGGUAUUACAGAAUACUGAUAUUGAUGACUGGCUACUUGAGUGAUGCAACUAUUGCUGUGGAUGCCUUAUCAGUUUGCAUGACUAUUAAUGGUUGGGAGCUCAUGAUUCCUUUAGCCUUCUUUGCUGGGACAGGAGUAAGGGUGGCAAAUGAGUUGGGAGCUGGAAACUGGAAGGGGGCAAAAUUUGCAACAAAGGUUGCUGUGACAGAGUCCACAGUGAUCGGUGUCUUUUUCUGUGUACUUGUGAUGAUACUCAAAGACAAGAUCGCAUACAUAUUCACAACCAGCAGUGAUGUCCUCGCAGCAGUCGAUGAUCUGUCUUACCUCUUGGCCAUCACAAUUUUACUUAACAGCGUUCAACCAGUUUUAUCAGGAGUAGCUGUGGGAUCAGGAUGGCAAGCAUGGGUGGCAUAUAUAAAUCUCUUCUGCUACUACAUUGUUGGGCUCCCACUUGGGUUUGUAAUGGGAUGGGUCUUCGACUUAAGCAUUGCGGGUAUUUGGGGUGGAAUGAUCUUUGGUGGAACUGCUAUGCAGACACUGAUAUUGUCCAUCAUAACUGUAAGACGAGAUUGGAAAAAGGAGGCUGAGGAUGCCAGCAAACGUGUGUCAAAGUGGUCGACGCCUAAUCCAGAAGACAAGCCAUCAGAACAGCUACUAGUAAAUUAGCUGCAAGCUUGACAAGUUUUCAAUGUGUUUCCUGCAACAAUUCUGAGGUUACAUUUUUUGUUAUAGUUCUAAGUGUAUUUAUGCGGUGCAAUAAUUUUAAUCCUCUAUUCAAGGGAGUCCUUCUAAUGAGAACCA